AUGGACGACCCCAACGGCCGCCCUCCCUCGGUGGCGGCCACAGAGCUGCAGCACCAGCAGCAACAGCAACAGCAACAGCAACCCGACAAUGCUGCGCUGGACGGCGCCCGUGCCCCAAAUCGCAGCACUCAGUCUCCCGGUCUAGCAACGCCCAGCGCUACAGCAGACUCGCGCAGCGACUACUUUGACCCGGCUUCCAACUUGCGCCAGCAGCCUUCGCGCCAAUCUGUUCGCUCUGCUUCGCAGUUUCCCGGCGCCGUCGGGCCCGCUGGCGACUCACGCCCAGCUAGCCGGAACCGCCGACCGAGCAUUCGUAUUCGACGCGGCUCCAAUGCAUCAAUCAGCACACAAAACUCCGAUAAUGCCGCUGCUGCUUCCUCUUCGUCUGACGCACUCGCGACCGCUUCCUCAUCCGCACGUGUUGGACGCCCUCGAAGUGCAUCACAGCCUUCCCUGGAUGUUGCGGCUCGUACUGGCGAUGUUGCAAGGCACUCGCGCCGCACCCCUCAGGUUGCCCUGCCGCGACUGACAGAGGAGGGCGCACGCCCGACCAUGCAGGAGCUUGGCUUGACUGGCAGCCCUCUGUCCCCGACCACCUCUCUCCCCGGAAGCAUUGCUCGCCACCAGCCCGAGUCUACCGACCCAAGCCCUCCUCAGCAAAACCCCCGUAGGCGCUUCAGCAGGUUUUGGCCCGGCGGUAACGCCGCUGAGAAGCGCCGGUCCCAGGACACAAUGUCCCGAGGAUCCAUGUUUCAGGAUGACGAGUAUGACGAGCACCUAGUCGAUAUCUUGGAUACCAUCGAUCCUGAGAUUCAAACACUAUCAACACUUACCAACAUUCAGAACUCCCUAUUCGUUCCCGAUCUCGGUGGCUUGAUUAACAGACGGCCGACAUAUUCUCUCACCCAGCACGACGCAGAACGCAUUACAUCUCGGCCCGGGACAUCCGAGCGUAGACCUUCCGUGGCUCCCCAGGAGCCUAGAUUAGACGGAAUUGCGCCUGACGAUACGAUUCAGGAAUUACCGACCGAGGAGGAAGUAGAAGCAGAAGCACCCACUAUACGAAGAACCGAUACCAUCACAUCACAACUGAGCGACUCUCACUAUGCUGCACUACCUCAUGGCGUAUCGCUAGCAAAUUGGACACCCGCAGAGAAGUGGGAACUCGACGACCAUGUUCGCCACAUGUUGCACUCUCGACGAUCCAGGUUCAAGCGAAUGAUGAAAGGCUUUGGUCAAUAUGUGCGUCGGCCUCUUGGUUUCUUGGUCACUUUCUACGCUACGUGCAUUACUGCAUUUGGCUUGGCCUGGGUUUUGUUCUUGAUUGGCUGGAUAUACGUCGGCGACAAACAGGAAUACACUCUUCAUAUCAUUGACAGUGUAUUGGUUGCGCUCUUCUUGGUUGUUGGCGGUGGCAUGGCUCCCUUUCGUGCCAUGGACACCUAUCAUCUGGCCUUUGUUGUUCAUUACUGGCGCAAGGUCAAAAAGGCGAGGCUCAAGAAGGGAGACAUUGAGGCAGUUGACCGAAGCGAGUCGUCCAACGCCUCUGGUGCUUCAGCAACAGAUGCCACCAACAAGGAGCCGUCGGUGCCUAAUCAAGUUGAACAGGCUGGACACGAGCAGACACCCGUGUCUCGCGCACUGAGCCAGCUGCCAAAGGAUCCAGAGGCCGAUUUCGAAGAGGAGGAGGAGGACUUGUAUCCGCUCACGCCCAAGCAACAGAAGCGCUUCUUGCAUCACCGCCAGAAGCUGGUCAAGUCACACAGUUUCUACAAGCCGCACGAAACUUUUACUCACUACAAGUUUCCGCUCAGCUUGCUCAUUACCGUCAUUCUUUUGCUCGACGCACAUUCCUGCCUUCAAAUUUCCUUGAGCUCAACCACGUGGGGUAUUGAUUACCACCAUCGCAACCCGGCCAUCACGACGACCAUUCUGUGCGUCAGCAUCACGACCAAUAUCGUGGCCGGUCUGGUCAUUAUGAGAGGUGACAGGAAGACGCGCAAGAAGGAUGUGGUGCAACUGAUAGACCGGCAAGAACUGACAAGUGAUGCGUUGAAGAAGCUGGAAGAAAAGAAGAAGAAGAGGCAAGAGAAGCAAGAGGCAGAAGAUACGCCGCAUAUACUCAGCAAAUAA